AUGAUCCCCGACAAUUCCGAAGACGCCGGACGACGCUAUUGCCAGCUCCGCCUUGAUGCGGCUACGGCUUCCGGGCCGCCCCACUUCGACUACCAGCCGCUCCCGCCGCGACACAUUCGCAUCAUCGAACUCCAGCCCGGCGAACGAUCGGAUCCGUUUCGAGCGCGAUUUAUUGUUGGUUCGCUCGACGAGCCGUUCGAGUACGAUGGCCUGUCGUAUAUGUGGGGUGACGCUGCACCUGUUGAUCGUGUGGUUGUCGACGGUGCGGUGAUACCAAUUGCGUGGAAUCUUGCGAGGGCGCUGGAGUAUUUGCGCGACAAUAUGAAUCCGGAGCCUCUUAGGAUUUGGAUUGACGCGAUUUGUAUCAAUCAACAUGACGAUGCCGAGCGCGCGAAUCAAGUCGGUUUGAUGCGGCUGCUGUAUAGGAAAGCGGAGUGUGUUCGGAUUUGGAUCAACGAACCUGAUCUGGAUGAGGAAAGCGAAGCAUUGGCUGCAUUGCGGAAAUUCCAAGUACGGGAAGAAGAGCAGAAGUUCGGUCUCGGCGAUGAUCCGGACUUCUGGGAUCCCAUAUUGCCGAUCCUGGAGAAUGAAUACUGGAGUCGAGCAUGGAUAUUUAUCGGCGUUUAUCUUAACAUAUCGGUCUAUGUUAAACUAUGGCACAGCGAUCGGUCUCCAAAAGCGCAAGAAAUGUUCGCUUUUCACGGGGAGGCAAGACAACGAUACAAAUUAAUUCACCUCCUCCAUGAUAAGGAGGGCUUGCUGGUAUCAAGAGAGCAUGACCGUUUCUACGCUAUCAUGCACCUGGCUAAAGAUUACCGGGAUGGAGACCUUGCAGUUGACUAUACAAAGAGUUUGGAACAAGUCAUGGUCGAUGUCGCUACUCAUCACAUUUCACGACAUCAAGAUCUUGAGUUCCUGCUUCAAAGUUUCCCGCCCAUCGAGGAUUAUUUGGAUUCUUGUGAAGGCUUAGCUCGUCCCUCUUGGAUUCCGAACUGCUGGCUAGGGAGGAAGGACACUGGAGCUGUAAUUGCUAGCAGGGGUAUGAUAUACAGCCAGUGCAGUCACAAAUCUAUUGACAUGAGUACCAUGCGCCUCAGUGUUCGUGGGAUCAAGAUUGACAGAUUACGAAAGCUCUUCAAAUCCGAGCAGAUCUUUCGGGAAAUGACUGUUGUGCAAUUCUGGGCCUCGGCACUUGGCCAACAUUUACAGCCAUACAUGUCCGACAACGCAGCGGGCUUGCCACAUGAUAUCUACUAUACCCUUUCUAGCUACUGGUUGCUCGAAGAUUUCGACCACGAGUUUUUAAAGGCCGCUCUCGCAUAUCUGUACGAGCUCAAUCAAGUCGCAGAGCUCACGAAUAUCAACAUUGUCGAGGGGAAUCAGGCUUUACUACCGGGCUGGAAUGAUAACACACACGCAAUUUUGCAGCAGUUUCUCAUACAUGUCAGCAUACACAACUUCACCUUGACAGAUAAGGGAUCCUUUGGUCUCACGCCUAGAUCCAAUAUCAGAGAAGAAGACGAGGUUUGGAUGGUACUCGGAUGUCCACAUCCAAUCGUUCUGCGACAGCGAGACGAUGGAGCAUACUCGUAUGUUUGCCCGGCAAUAAUCACUGGUCUCACGGACUCGCUGAUGGAGCAUGAAGAUUUCGAAAAGUUCACAAGGGAAACUCAACCUGGUGAAAAGAUUGGAGAGUGGAGAAUGGAAGACAUUGAAUUGGUAUGA